AUGGCGCCGCUUUUUGUGUAUACGUCUUUUCUGCUAGGCGCGCUUGCUCAGUCGAGCUUGGCGCUACCCGUCAAGUAUGCCAGAGACCUUCUGGGUGCCGGAAAUGACUUGCAAACACCCGCCUCGCUCUCUUUCUCCCAGAUGGGAGUGUUUCUGGAGCCGAAGCUGAUCCCCGACUAUGAUGGAAACAUGGUGGUAUCCUUCCUCCACACCAGUCCCACCUCCACGCGGGAAACCUACGACAACAUCACGCUUUCGAAGAAAUCUGAGAAGUUCGAUGUUGUUGGAGUCGUAGAAGGGAUUGUCAGCAGAGACCCCGUUACGGUCAUCCUGGGUACCACCUCCGGCGCCCGGUUCGACAUUCUCUACGAAACCAAGGUCACGGCAGAGCGACCCCAGUUCAGGUUCCAGGUGCCACGUGGAAAGUACUACAUCAAGGUAGAAGGAUCCGGAUACAGGUUACCCGGUGUGGUGCCAUUCAAGAGGCCCUGCGAGACACAACCCUGCCCCUUCACCACCAACGACUCGAAGCUCGGCAUCGAGCCGAUGCGCGGCAAUGAAGGAGAGUACAACUACAGCUGGACGCUGCAGAGAGCUGCCCAGUACGGUGUUGAAAGCCUCACCCUUAUAGACAGGAAUGAGGCGUCUGUAUACAACGCAUCGAUGCCAGGAAUCGAAGCGAACCUCGACUACAGUGACGCCGCAGCCAAACUGAAGCUGAACUACGGUAUCGAACUGCACGGAGCAUGGGGUAGCGAAUACGCAAGCAGGCUUCUGGGAAUUUUAGUCGAUUGGAAGUUCUACAAACACAUGCACAGCAAAGAUGAGAAACUGCAGAAGUGGGUGCUAACCGACGAGCCGCUGUUCCCUCAGGAUGUGGCCAUCACCCACUUUUCAAAGACGUCCCAGGAUAAUGCUCCGCACGGUGCACCUAUGGACUUCGCCAGGCAGGAGAAUUCAAAAUACACGCAGGUUGUGACCCUCUCCAAGCUCGCCUUCACCUACGCCGUCAGACGAGCAGUAGAUAAAGGGGGCCGCAGACGCACCUACUUCUCCAGGAGGCUGUACAAGGCAGUGAUCCGCGCGUUGUGCCUACACAACCCGGACACUAUGCGUGCCAUGUUCUUCCACAUGCACGACAUAGAGCUGAUUGAACCGCAUUACAUCCACCCGAAGAUGAACAAUGGCAGGCCGCUCACGAGGUACCCCUCAAGCGACUACCAGACGUGGUUCAAGCAUCCGGAGGAACUGGUUGAAAUAGCGACGACGUGGAGUGAGUACCCCGCCGGAUUCCAGAAGAUCAAGGGGCUCAAAUACUUGUUGCGCAGGCAGGAUGGCACAGUGAACCCGGAAGAACCCACGGCGCCCGCAAUUGCGUACCCAAGGGGACAGGAUGAGAACUCGUACAUUGAGUUCAUGGAGUCUGCAUUCCACAAGUACCCGGAUAUCCCGAACCUUAUCAUCCACGAGUUGGGACACUUCGUACACGCCAAUGUAGUGCCGAAGGACCUGUUCAUGAAAUGGCAGGAAGUUGGUGGGUGGUUCCAGGACCCUAACGACCCCGACGGUUGGUCAACCAGGCAGCAGACGGAGUUCGUGAACGCAUACGGCCACAAGAAAAACCCGUCGGAAGAUUUCGCCACGUGCAUUGCCGAUUUCGUCCUCAACCCUAAUAAGCUUAAGAGCAGGGCACCCAGGAAGUUCGACUUCCUGCGUAACAACGUCAUGAAUGGCGCUCACUACGUGACCAAGGCGUCCCACGAGUUCACGGUGCUCAACCUCGGCAACCCGGACUUCAUGUACCCGGGAAGGAUCAUCCGUAUCGAAGUCAAGGUUACGGGGAAAAUCAAUGAAGACAAACGCGCGGAAUUCAAGUUGUUUUUGGCCAAGAACGGCGAAAACUCUUGCGCCACGGUUGGCCAGUUCAGGCUGACGUCUAGCGCAAAGACUUUUGUUGAUGUACCUAUUUACGGGAUAAACGGCCGCUGCAGCCACGUGCUCACAGGGCAGGCUAUUAUCAACAGAACUCAAAAACGUGGCGUGUGGACCACUGACCAGAUCAUUUUGGCGGAUGCGAACCACCUGCAUCGUUAUGUCGGUGCCGCCGACUUCGGCCUGAGGGUGUGGGUAGACAACGGUGCCGAGGACUUCCAGGCACCUAGAGCCUUGAUUCCAUCGAUUUCUCUGAGCUUAGUGGAAGGUCCAGACAGCGGCGCCUACGCCGCCGUCAGCAACGAAACAUUCGGCCAGUACAGCUUAGCCAGUUACGCCAAAGGAUUGGACUUUCAAACCGGUGUGAAGGAGGACUGGCGCCACGGUAUGUGGGUUGGCUGCAGGAAGGUCCCGUCGCGGAUGUGUACCGCAGCAUGGGUGCGUAGCCACGAAAUUAGUGCCGCACCGAAUUUCAACAAGUAUAAUUUCGAAGGAGAGGACCGUUUUGACGGUCUAAGUUACCGCGAGACCGCGCCAGGGCUGUUCAACUGUUUUGAGGUGUCUGUGAACGUUCCGUUGAGCAGAGCCGCCAGAUCUGGAAAUUACCACAUUGCGAGCAUUGUUUCAUUCGAUUCCGCUGGCAACUCACAGAUGCUCCAGUGGCCGAAGGCAAAAGGACCUUACGUGACCUACCGAAGCCGUAUGUCCCAGGAAGACGACAGCAAACCAGAAGUACGCAACAUUCACGUCACCAGCGAGCCCACCAACCGACAGAAUCCCAACGGGGAGACUAAGGUCGACUUCUACUUCGAAGUGAGGGACAUCCACAGCGGCGUUGCAGGAUUGAGCGCCGUCUUCAGGGACCCGUUCGGAGCGGGGUACCGCAUCCACCCCAAGUUCGAGGACAAAAACGACUGGCAGAAGAUCCACUACCAGUACAUGCUUCCCCGAGGAUCCAUCCCUGGUGUCUGGCAUUUGGCGGAAAUCAUAGUCCAGGACCAUGCUGGGAAUGAACUGAGGGCUGAACUGCACGAACGCGUGAUAGUCAUGAAUGCGUAA